GAGGAUGUAAUAUAGCAAUAUUUAGAGUGGGACAGAACACAUCGGUCUGGCGUGAUCGUUGACGUAGCGAAAAAGCAGCGCUUUAGAAUGAGACAGACUAUAUAGGCAUGUUAGUCCGGUAGCAUUAUUAAAAAAAAGAAAUAUAUAAUAGCUUAUGUUGAUAAAAAUGCUAGCCUUACCGUAGCAGUCUCCGAGUAAUACACGUUUUUAAAUCGAGUUUAGAAGUGAUACGUUAGAUAUUGACAAUUCAGCUCAGAUAUGUGAGCAGUAUGUCAUAUGAGCUUGUAAUAAGACCUUGUAAGUUGUAGAGCUGCAUACGUUGUACCUCUGAAAUAUUGCUUACACCUACCCAAAACACCCAGCUUUUUGAAAGGCAAUUUUGUUUUUUCUUCCAGUUAAUUACAGAAUUGGACUUCGUUCAAUAUGUCAACUCUAAGCAUACUGAGGCUGCUUAGAGUUGACAUAUUGUGUGGCGUGAAGUACUAAGGAGAGCGCCUUGAAAUUGAGGAUACUUGACAAGAAUCAUACUUGGCAGAAAAACCAACUAACCUGAGUCUUUGUAGGGUUAAACUUUACAUGGUUGCUACUACCCCACAUUUAUUUUACUCAAGGAUCCUUUCAAUUUUGGAAACAAGUUUGCUACGGUUCUCAUCAACUUAAGAUCGAGACAUGUUUGGAUGGUCGGAAUAUGGUGAUGAUGUGUGGUUGAUACUAUCGACCCAUUCUUAAAAUGCUAGCAACGCACUCGCGAGUCCUCUGGCAUUGAGAGUGUCCAUGAGAUAUCACUUAACGAGAAGGAACCUCCUGUCCCUGUUCUAAAAAAAUGGGCGAGAAAUCACAACCUUGCGAAACGCCUGCAUUGAUGGAUUGGAGUGCAUGCUCAGUCAACUAGGACUGCGAUGCUAUGUCCUACAAAAAAAAAUACAGUUUCGGCCCACCAAUGAGUCAAAUAAGCAGGAAGAUCAUCAGCCGAGUGACUUUGGCGAUAGCCAUACCGACAAUCACUAAUUAGGUGGGGCUCCUCUAGAUAUUGCAAGAACUACCUAUUGAUAAUAUACUCCAUUAUAUGUAUUUUGUGGAAACUUAUUAUAUUAAAGAUUUCUAAAUCUGUGAUAAAAAUAAAUAUCCUGUAGCAAAACGUAGUUGAAUGUUAACGUCAGUCAUUUAUAUCUAGAAUUUAGAAAUGUCAAAACAAAAUUGAGUAAUUUAUGUCAGUUUCCAUUAAUCGCUGCGUAAGAAUCGAGUGUGAAAUAAAUAAAUAUUAAAUUUAUUAUUGUGUGAACUCCAAUAUUGUUAACAGAAGCUUCGUCUCAAAGGUCUUUUGCCAUCGAUUGAGAUUCCGCACAAAUCGGCACUAGUACCGAUGCUGUAAGGAGCAGACGGUUAAAUAAACAGCCGCCAUGUCGUCUGUGAAGGUGGCGGUGCGGGUCCGCCCCUUCAACUCGCGGGAGAUUGCGAGGGAGAGCAAAUGUAUUAUAGAGAUGUCCGGAAAUACCACAGUAAUCGUGAACCCAAAGGUUCCGCCGGGCUCCAAGGAGAGUGCAAAAAGUUUCAACUUUGAUUUCUCGUAUUGGUCACAUAACCCAAGUGAUCCCGACUUCUCUGACCAAGUGAUGGUCUACAAGGAUAUCGGGGAAGAGAUGCUGCAGCAUUCUUUUGAUGGCUACAAUAUAUGCAUAUUCGCAUACGGCCAGACCGGAGCGGGGAAGUCGUACACAAUGAUGGGUCGUGGCGAGGACGGACAAGAGGGUAUUAUCCCUCAGAUAUGCAAAGAUCUCUUCCGGCGAAUAAAGCAGACUACGUCAGAGGACCUCACUUAUUCGGUGGAGGUCUCAUACAUGGAGAUAUACUGUGAGAGGGUACGCGAUCUAUUGAACCCGAAGAACAAAGGGAACCUACGGGUUCGUGAGCAUCCAGCACUGGGACCCUAUGUAGAAGAUCUCAGCAAAUUAGCUGUCAUGUCCUAUCAAGACAUUUAUGACCUUAUCGAUGAAGGAAAUAAGGCCAGAACUGUGGCGGCUACUAACAUGAACGAGACAUCAUCUCGAUCGCAUGCAGUAUUCACAAUAUUUUUCACACAACAGCGAUACGACAAAACCACUAAUUUGGUUUCUGAAAAGGUGUCGAAAAUAUCUCUAGUGGAUUUAGCUGGUUCGGAAAGAGCCGAUUCUACAGGAGCGAAAGGGACGAGGCUAAAAGAGGGCGCGAAUAUUAACAAGUCCCUUACAACGCUGGGGAAAGUUAUAUCCGCUCUUGCUGAAAUUUCGGCGUCCAAGAGCAAAAAAUCAAAGAAAGCCGACUUCAUACCGUACCGUGACUCUGUUCUGACUUGGUUGCUUCGUGAAAAUCUUGGCGGGAACUCCAAGACGGCCAUGAUAGCCGCCAUUUCGCCAGCUGACAUCAACUAUGAUGAAACAUUAAGUACACUCAGAUAUGCCGAUCGCGCUAAGCAAAUUGUCUGCAAAGCCGUGGUCAACGAAGACGCGAACGCGAAACUCAUUCGAGAGCUCAAAGAAGAGAUAUUCAAGCUCCGGGAGCUACUCAAGGCUGAAGGCAUCGACGUUGAGGAAGGACCUGACGGUAGAGUCGUUUAUGAAAAGAAAGAGACCAGGGAACCUUCACCGAUGCGCAAAAAGAAUGAGGAAGAAGUGUCGCCGAAACUUUCCCGUGCAGCAACAACGAUUGCAGAGGAGGCGGUCGAUCAGCUGCAGGCUUCUGAGAAACUUAUUGCUGAACUAAAUGAAACAUGGGAAGAGAAACUUAAACGUACCGAGCAAAUCCGGGUGCAACGUGAAGCCGUGUUUGCUGAAAUGGGUCUCGCUGUCAAGGAAGGCAUUACAGUUGGUGUUUAUUCGCCUAAAAAGACGCCACAUUUAGUGAAUCUGAAUGAAGACCCGAAUUUGUCCGAGUGCCUCAUUUACUAUAUCAAAGACGGUUUAACCCGCGUGGGAACAGCCGAAGCGAAUGUACCACAGGAUAUACAAUUAUCCGGAUCUCACAUUGUCAGUGAACAUUGUAUUUUCGAGAACACAGAUGGCGUUAUCUGUCUUAUACCGCAUAGCGGGGCUCUUGUCUAUGUGAAUGGAAGAGAGGUGACAGAACCCAUAAUACUAAAGACAGGAUCCCGAGUAAUUCUGGGCAAGAACCACGUAUUCCGUUUCACUGAUCCAAGUCAACCCCGGGAGGAACCGGUUAACAACAAAAAACUUGCUGAUACACCCGGAGUUGUCGAGAAAGACAGUGACACCACCGAAAAUCAAAAUGUGGAUUGGGACUUCGCCCAGUGUGAACUGCUUGAAAAGCAAGGCAUUGAUUUGAAGCAAGAGAUGCAGAAGAGGUUAUGUGCGUUGGAAGAACAAUUCCGUAAGGAGAAAGAACAUGCUGACCAGCAGUUUGAGGAGCAGAGAAAGAACUAUGAAGCUCGUAUAGAUGCUCUUCAGCGUCAAGUGGAAGAACAGAGUGUGACCAUGUCAAUGUACAGCUCAUACACCCCCGAAGAUUUCCACAAUGAUGAAGAUAUAUUUGUGAACCCAUUAUUCGAGACAGAGUGCUGGUCGGCUCGCGAGGUGGGUCUGGCCGCGUGGGCCUUCCGCAAGUGGAAGUACCAUCAGUUCACAUCGCUACGUGACGAUCUCUGGGGCAACGCGAUCUUCCUCAAGGAAGCGAACGCGAUAUCGGUAGAACUACGCAAGAAAGUCCAAUUCCAAUUUACGCUUCUUACCGAUACACCAUUUUCACCUUUACCCGCGGAGUUGGCACCGCGUGAUGACGCAGAUGACGAGUAUCGCCCCAGUGCUCCAACUGUGGUGGCCGUCGAAGUCACUGAUACCAAAAAUGGGGCAACGCACUAUUGGACAUUGGAGAAACUGCGACGUCGUCUGGAGCUAAUGCGUCAAAUAUACAACAUGAACGAGUCGACAUGUUCUGAAGAUGACGAGCCGACACCGACGAUUCGUCCACCGUCGCCCCCCAUACAAGCGAAACAAGACGAUCUAUUGCAGUGCAUUUCUGCGUGUGCGCAACAGACAAGACUGUCACUAGCCAACCUGUUACCUUCGAGACAACGAUUGGAGUUGAUGCGUGAGAUGUACCACAACGAGGCAGAGCUCUCGCCGACAUCGCCUGAUCACAAUAUCGAAUCUGUGACCGGUGGAGAUCCAUUCUACGAUAGAUUCCCCUGGUUCCGUCUUGUUGGACGGAGUUUUGUAUACCUCUCGAACCUCCUGUACCCGGUUCCGCUCAUUCACAAGGUCGCUAUCGUGAACGAGAAGGGAGACGUAAAGGGCUACUUGAGGGUUGCCGUGCAGGCGGUAGUCGACGCCGAAAAAAAUAACGCAGAUUUCGUAGCGGGCGUCAAACAGUCCGCUAAGAUUUCAUUCGAUGACGACAUCGUGCCGACCCGGUCACGAUUGAAGACUUUGUCAACCAUAGACAAGAACAACGCGAUUAAUUUAGAAGAUAGACCUGACCAGGACUCCAACAUUAAGAUUGAAGAACUAGCAGCUGCCGAGUGCGAUGCAGACAGCGGACGCGGAGACAGUUCUCUCGCGUCUGAGCUGAAGGAUGACGAGCUUCCAGAGCACUUGACCCCGGGCAAGGAGUUUACCUUCCGAGUGACAGUACUUCAGGCCCAUAGCGUGUCCACAGAUUAUGCUGAUGUAUUCUGUCAGUUUAACUUCUUGCAUCGAAAUGAAGACGCCUUUUCAACGGAGCCUGUCAAAAAUGCUGGCAAGAAUACGCCUCUUGGUUUCUACCACGUACAAAACAUUACCGUUCCAGUAACGAAAUCAUUCGUUGAAUAUAUUAAAACCCAACCAAUUGUCUUUGAAGUUUUUGGCCAUUAUCAACAACAUCCUUUACAUAAGGAUGCCAAACAGGAUGGCCCAGUGGCGGGUCGUACGCCCCCUCGGCGAAUGUUGCCACCCUCCAUCCCGAUAUCUGCCCCCGUGAGGAGCCCCAAAUGGGGGGCAGCCAGUGUGGCGCCCCCUUGCUGCUCCUCGCACCUGCACUCCAAGCAUGACUUGUUGGUCUGGUUCGAGAUCUGCGAACUGGCACCGAGUGGGGAAUACGUACCUGCUGUAUUCGAACAUAGCGACGAUCUCCCAUGCCGUGGGCUGUUCCUCCUCCAUCAGGGUAUUCAACGUCGUAUCCGCAUAACAAUUCUCCAUGAGCCAUCUUCAGACCUUCAGUGGACUGAUGUCAGGGAGCUUGUUGUUGGUCGUAUACGCAAUAGUCCUGAGGCGAACGAAGACACCACAGAUGGUGAUGAAGAUGGAGCCCUUUCCCUAGGCCUAUUCCCAGGGGAACGACCCAAUUUAGACGAUCGAGCCGUAUUUAGGUUUGAAGCGGCAUGGGAUAGCAGUCUUCACGGGUCCCCGUUGUUGAACCGGGUCAGCGCCAAUGGAGAAGUUGUCUAUAUAACACUGAGCGCUUACCUUGAGAUCGAAAACUGCGGUCGUCCAGCGAUAGUAACAAAAGACCUGUCAGUGGUUGUCGUUGGUCGUGAAGCUCGCACGGGUCGUUCGUUGAGACGCGCGUUGUUUGGAUCCAAGAUGGCGCGGGCUGACAGACUUACGGGCGUCUACGAACUUAGCUUGCAUCGCGCUCUUGAACCAGGCGUACAACGCAGACAGAGACGCGUACUCGAUACGAGUGGCACGUACGUACGCGGAGAGGAAAACCUACAUGGAUGGCGACCUCGCGGAGACUCCCUCAUAUUCGACCAUCAGUGGGAGUUGGAGAAAAUGACCCGACUGGAACAGGUGGGACGUACAAGACACCUGCUGGCUCUUCGUGAACGUCUGAGGCAUGGGCAUGAGAAUACUGUAGCUCCAAACGACUUUACUAAGACAGAAAAGGAGGUAUGCAACAUGGCGGCAAAGGCAGCAUCUGAGUGCACACACACUCGUGACGAGUCACUCUAUGAGCCAUGGGAAAUGUCACCGAAGGAGAAGGAACUAACCACUAAAUACAUCAAAUUGAUACAAGGACGAAUAGGCACAAACACGAACAAAGAAGUAGAAACAGCAGUUUCUCCUGCGACUCCGGUCGACGAAGGCGUGUCUGCGGAUAUUUCAACUCCAAGUCUUCUUUCUUCUAUUCACAGUGCUAGCAGUUUUGAGCUCUGCUCUCCCGAGCGCGCUCUUCUCGAGAAAUCCAUAUCGGGCUGGGGCUGCGGCGUAGGUGCGCCCAUGGGCCCCAUGUCCGUCUCGGGAGUGGGAGGCGCCCUCUAUGUGCCCGAGUGCGAGGAAGUACGCGUAUCAGCCGCAGUGGCCCGACGCGGGUAUCUUAACGUACUCCAACAUGGCACGCACGGCUGGAAGAAGCGGUGGCUGGUGGUGAGACGGCCGUACGUAUUUAUGUACCGUGACGAACGCGAUCCCAUUGAACGUGCGCUCAUCAACCUCGCGAACGCGCACGUUGAGUACUCGGAAGACCAGGAACAAAUGGUCCGCAUGCCCAAUACAUUCAGUGUGGUGAGCAAGGAGCGUGGCUACCUUCUCCAGACCUUGGGUGAUAAAGAGGUUCACGACUGGCUGUACGCCAUCAACCCAUUACUGGCUGGACAAAUCAGGUGUGCGCGCACAGGUCGCGUUCGUCCCGGCGCACUACUGGGGAAAAGGGGUCACCUAACAAAACCUCACCCGAGAAAGGACAGCUCGCAGCAUGAGACCUCACAAUGGAGUCUAUACUCGUUUAUUAAAGGCGUCGCCGACGGACGAAUAGCGCAUAGACCUCUCAGAGCCGUUCGCUCCGCCAGAUAUUGAAACCGGCCUUUGAGUUCCACUUACGUCCCACUUGAUGUUUGUCCGACUAGGGUUUAUGAAAGAAUUGUCACGGCACAUUGUGUUAAAGAGCGGGAGAAUUGUUACUGGUAAUAUGGCCGCGGUUACAAGAAAUACAAAUCUAAUAUUACUUAGAAUUUGGUAAAUUAAUAUCGCUAAGUCACUGCUGAGAGUAGUUUCUUUUAGAUUUAAAUUGUUAUUAAAUUCAACAAUUUCCUAGACCUAGACCAGAUAUUAUUUUCUAACGUUUUCUUGAAAACAUUAUUCAAUCUCAAGUAUUACGUACCAAUAUGGUAUAGAUAAUAUAGAUGGAUAGGUCAUCUUGGAUUUGUGUUCUUUGUAACUGCUUGACACAAUUGACCUGUAAACUGUAUGUGUCAAACCUAUUGUUAAAAUAAAGUGCGGAGUAGUGAUGCUUUUUAUACAUAAAAGUAUCAUAAACUUUGAAAAAAGGAACUCUCCAAAAAUGGAAAACCCGUGGGACGAAAGUGGAUAGAAAAAUUCCGUGACUGGUUUGGUAGAAAAGAAUUUACCAAAAAUUAUUUGCUUACCUUAGUAAGAUAUUUUCCAAAGACUUAAAUCUGAAAUUCUAUAUAUAUUUUAAAAUAAGUUGUAUAUUUAUGUGUUAUCGCUAUUUUCAGUAUUAAUUGCAUUUGAUGCGACGGUUCUAUACGUAAUUAUAGAUUUUAUAUUUUCGACUUGCUAUGGACAAGUGUGAGUUGGGACCAAACCGGUGCACAGACGAGAGAUAUUUACAGAUUGUGGAGAACAAUAAUGUUUGUAUAUGGUAACAUUUGGCUGGCUUUAAUAUCUGCGGGACGCACAUUGUUUUGUAAUCUUUGAAUUGUAUUUGUAAUCGAUUUUAGACAAAUUGUUAGCGUUAUUGUCUUUGCAUCGAUGUUGUAAUUUUCUUGCCAAAUUUUUUGAACAAUAUCGUCAGGUUAGUAUUGGUUUUAAGAUUAUAUGGAUAUGAUUGUGAUAGUUGCCAUUAAUAAAUAAUUUUAUCAUUAUCAAUGUGUAGAUAAUUUUCUAACUUAACGCUUAGUCGAAUUAUUAUCUGUGGUAGCUGUAGUAAGGUAUGCAAAGACAAACUAACAUAUACAACACUUAUAAAUGUAACAAGAAUAUGGUCUAAUGCUGCGCACAAAAAUAAUCGGCGAAUUCGAGUGGACUCCAUAAGUGAGGCGACUUACACCAAACCGACAUGUUAAAGGAAGUAUCUAGAUUUUCGUCUAAUGUUUCAUAAUUUAUUAAUAACUUAUCUUGUAUAUACGUAUGACCGAAUGCUAGUGGUUUAAGUUUGAGGCUCAAGGCCGAAUCAAGAUGGCGGUUGUCCGUUACGUCAUACGUGGUAUUCUGUUCUAUUGUCGUUGAAUGUGCUAGCCUUGCGAUAAUGUUUAUAACGAUUAUAAGCAACAAAAUGUGGUGGUGUUGACUUCAAAUAUCAAUCAUAUGAUCUGCUUAAGAGUCUAUGUCAAAUGAUGGAUGGAGAAUGUAGUCAGUGAGGUUAGCACAUUUCGCAAUACAGUCCAUUAGCAUCCCCGUUGUUCCAUACAACACUAGUAUUGAUUGUAAAUACAUUAUUAUUAUAAUAUUUAUAGUUAAUAUAGUAUAUGCGUUCCAGAUUAUUUACCCUUUAUGUGUCCAAUUUUAUUUACGGAUUAUUUAUAUAUCACGAUUGAAUUUGAUUGUAUAAAGUAGGUUAAUGUUAUGGUAGGAAUGGUUUUGCAACAGUUCAUUUUGGAAGUGUCCAAAGUCACAAAUCGUUUGGGAAUAUUCUAGUCAUACGCGGCGUAGGUUUUGCGUGAUAGGGUAGUUCAUACAAAUAUGCUGUGCAUACAAUCACAACGUAGUUUGUUAAUCUCGGUGUUAUUUUCUCAUAGUUCUACCCUUGCCCUUUCGUUGUAUCAUCGUAGGUAGAUAAAUGUGACGGUAGGUGUUAAUUUCUCGAAUGUCCAGUUUUAAUCUUGUUACAGCUUCGAUGAAUGUUGAGUAAAUGUCACUGUCCUAUCGCUUCUAGGUGACUUUCGAUAUUAUAAAAUUAUUGAGCGUAAUUUAAGAUCUUGAAAUUUUUAAGCUUAAGUGAAUUUUGGUCGUUGUACAUAAAUCUAAAAAGUUUUUUUCGGUCACAGUAAUCAGAUUGCUUUUUAACUUAAACCGAAGGAUAAACCACGUUUUUUUGUUACGAAUCUGAUCACAGGCUUGCACACUGACGUAGAAUCAUUGAUCAUGCAGUUACUUAAGAUUAUAAUAGGGAUGUCAUACCUACUGCAGGCAUCGGGAGAAGUAGGCCUGUGCCUUGCAGGGUUAGCAGAGCUAAUAAUAGUUUUAAGAUCAAAAGUAUUAUCCAAAUUAGGCAUGCUAUGUGUUAUUUCUGAAAUUACAAUAUACUUAGUGUUGGAUACUUGCUGAUCUGUUUGUUGGGACAUAUCGUCAACUAUUUCGAAUAUUUAAACUAAUGCUUGAAAAUCUCUUACCGUAGCCACCUCUGCAUUAGAUGUGAUGGUAUGUCUCGAUAUUAAUUGCGUUGAAUUGUUAAUUAUUUCGCAAUCUUUUGUACCUCACAUAUUUUAUGGAUCUCAAUAAUAAUGUUUAAUGCGUUCUUUUCUAGUCAUUUUUAUAACAUUCCGAUGAGUUUCUUUCGAAUAGGAUAUGUAUUUUGCAUAGCAAAAUUGUGUUUACGUAGAAAUAGCUACAGAUGGCGCGGUGGUGUCGUGAAUUGGUAAUAUAUUUUCUAUUUCGUUUUUAGGUUUGCGGAGCUUCUUAUGUAUUUUUGAAAUUUCGAAAGAUCUUUUUAAAUUAGAUAAUAUAGCAGCUUUAGCUGGAUUAUAUAUUAUAUUUUUAUAGAGUAUACUCGAAAGCUAUACUGUUAUUUUUAUAGAGUAGCGGGUGUUUGAUUUGACUGUUCUUCAAAACUUUGUUUUAUAUUUGGGGGAGCUUAUGUUUAGUGCUUUUUAUUAUAGUGAUGUGAGAGGGCUCCUUGUGAUUCGAUAGAGAUUGUUUGUUGGGCGAGAAUGAUUAUGAAAUUAUAUAUAUUCUAUAUAUAAUUUAUGGAUUUCAUUCAAUUUAUGAAAAUAAGAACAAUGUAAUUGGUAAUAUUACUCAUUGCUCUAAAUGUACUAUCAAAUAUAUUAUACACAGUGUUAAAGGUCAUAAAUAAAAUGCUUUGAAAAUUUCCAAAA